UUCUGGAACGGUCACACUAAUUUAACUUUUUGCAAAAAAAAAUACGCACGUUCCGUGUGAAAUCAAUACAAAAUCAACAAAUCCAAGCCAGAGCAGCGCGCCAAUUACCAUUGUUGUGCAAAAAGUUCCCAGAUAGAGGUGAAAUAUAUAUUCGCGUGUCAGCCUGCCUGCCUCUGUAUUGUUGCAAAAGUUCGCUGAAAAAAGUGCGCGUCUGUCUGUCUGCCUCUGUGUUUGUGUGUUGUGUGUGUGCGCGCGUGUGUGUAUUGCACGGCCUACAUUGUCAAUUAAGAAAAAAAGGAGAAAAAGUGAGGGCUGUGAUCCCCAGAUAAAGUUGCGAAAAGCGCAGAGAUAGCCACAGCACCAGCCAAGAUGUCCAGCGUGCGACCCGAAGAGUCGCAGCCCCGCAAACUGUCCGCCGCCGCCGUCGUCUGCCCGCUCAGCAACUGCCAGUUCAGCGGCGUGGUGAUCAGCGCUAUCGCCGAUGAGCAGAAGCUGGAGUUCACCAACAAAUACAAGGGCAGCUGCACGCUGGUCUGCAGCUACGACUCCCAGGGAGUGGUGCUGCGCAUUGUGCCGGAUGAUGACCGAAGCCACGUGCUCAAGGAGUACAUGAUAGCCGCCGACACGGAUGCCGCUCAGAUGGGACGCCGGAGCUACGCCGUCUCCCUGGACGCGGACAAUCUGGUGCUGCGAUUUGCUAGCGACCAGGACCAGCAGCUCUUCCGAAAAGUGGUGGAGAACGUAAAGCAUUUGCGGCCCAAGUCCGUGUUCUCGCAACGCACCGAGGAGUCGUCCGCCUCGCAGUACUUCCAGUUCUACGGCUACCUUAGCCAGCAGCAGAACAUGAUGCAGGACUAUGUGAGGACGAGCACCUACCAGAGGGCCAUACUGGGCAAUGCGGUUGACUUUCAAGAUAAGGUCGUUUUGGACGUUGGUGCCGGUUCCGGCAUACUCUCAUUUUUCGCCGUGCAGGCUGGCGCCGCCAAAGUGUACGCCAUCGAGGCUUCAAACAUGGCCCAGUACGCCCAGCAGCUGGUCGAGUCGAACAACGUGCAGCACAAGAUCUCUGUGAUACCGGGCAAGAUCGAGGAGAUCGAGCUGCCGGAGAAGGUGGACGUAAUCGUGUCGGAGCCCAUGGGCUACAUGCUCUACAACGAACGAAUGCUAGAGACCUAUCUGCACGCCCGAAAGUGGCUGAAGCCGAAUGGCAAAAUGUAUCCCACGCACGGCGACCUGCACAUAGCUCCCUUUUCGGACGAGUCGCUCUACUCGGAACAGUACAACAAGGCCAACUUCUGGUACCAGUCGGCCUUCCACGGCGUCGACCUGACCACGUUGCACAAGGAGGGCAUGAAGGAGUACUUCAGACAGCCCAUCGUGGACACCUUCGACAUACGCAUCUGCAUGGCCAAGUCGGUGCGGCACGUGUGCGACUUUCUCAACGAUAAGGAGGACGAUCUGCAUUUGAUAGAUAUUCCCCUCGAGUUCCAUAUCCUGCAGACAGGCAUCUGUCACGGACUGGCCUUCUGGUUCGACGUGGAGUUCAGCGGUAGCAGUCAGAAUGUAUGGCUCUCGACGUCGCCUACAGCGCCCCUAACGCACUGGUAUCAGGUGCGCUGCUUGCUGCCCAUGCCCAUCUUCAUUAAACAGGGCCAGACGCUGACAGGCCGCGUCCUGCUGGAGGCGAACAGGAGGCAGUCGUACGAUGUUACCAUCGACUUGCAUAUCGAGGGAACGUUGAUCUCGUCGAGCAACACCCUGGACCUGAAGAAUCCGUAUUUUCGGUACACGGGGGCGCCGGUGCAGGCGCCGCCGGGGACUAGUACGCAGAGUCCGUCUGAGCAGUACUGGACGCAGAUGGACACUCAGGGAUCGCGUAAUUCUUCUAGCAUGCUAAACGGCGGCCUCAGCGUCAAUGGAAUCGGAGAUGGCAUGGACAUCACCCACGGACUUAUGCAUCCGCACUAAGAAGGUGUCGGCGUCGGAUCGAAUAAUUUAACAUCUAUCUGGGAAUUCUCUAUGCUAUCAAAGUCAACUCAACUUAAAUCAUUGGUUCUAUUUUUGUCAGCCUUUCUUUGUUUAUUGCCCUUUUAUUCUUAUGCUUAGGUUAUUUAUUGAAAAGUGUAAAUUAUUUUCCGCACACCUUUUCCCUCAUCCGAUCCUCCUUAUACUUCUUUCUCCCCUCUAUUUAACAGACCUAAAGCUCUUUUAAUUUAUCGGAGGAAUCCCAGCCACCAACAAAACAAUCAACAAAUCAAGGCAGACUAAUGUAGUUGUUUAGAACACGCAGCAUAUUAAUAAGCCUAAGCUAAUUUUAGCCGAUAGUAAUUAGUGUUUUUAAACCGUAAGCGAAAAAUGUAAUCGCGAUAUCUAGCCCACACGGGACUCUGCGCUUCAGGAAGUUUCUUAGUUAAUAUGCCAAUUGCAAAAGCUUUGAACAAACCAACAUAUUCAGAUUGUAUCUAUAUUACGUGUGUUAUUAUAUAUAUUUUAUUGUGUAUACCUCUCUCCAUCUAGUUUCAAUUUUUUUGUAUUCGUACUUGUACUUGUCGGCCGUGUUUGUGUUUUUGUGUUUAGUCCUUAGUUCGAUUCAAAUUGUAAGAAAUUGCUCAUAGGAUUUAGUGCUAAGUUACGAGAGAUUAUACAUAUAUUGCCCCCGACUACGA